UUUUUAAAUAUUUCAAGGCAACUAGAACAUAAAUGGAAUCUGAAUCAGAACUUAAUGUGGGUGAUGCAUUUGAUGAUUUCGGAAGAUUAAAAUGGGCGAUAGAACUUUUUGAAAAAACUCAGAAAUCUAAUUACUGGAUAAGAGACUGUAGAACAAUAGAAGCAGCACAGAAGAAAGGAAUUAAGAGGCCCAUAAAGGAAACCUUGGUUUAUUAUAAUCUUACAUGGGCUUGUGUGAAAGGUGGUCGCAGUUACGAUGAAAGGUAGUGACACAGACAAAGCCUUAAGUUUAAUUUUUAUUCUGCAAACUUUUUUCACAUAUUUUAUUAUGAAAAUAUAGUAUAUGAUGUCAGACUAAUGUUUAUCAAAACAAGAGUAUGUUCCCUUUCUGUUGGUAAACACAAAAUGUGUGCACGAGUUAUUCUGUUAUUAUGUUUUAAGUGUUUGUCUUUUUUCUGCUCAGCACUCGAUCGCCCAGGGGUGACUGUGGAUCUUAUGUGAAAGUUGCAGUGAGCAAAG